AUUAAAAAAAAGAGAAACCCACCGGUAGCAGCAGCCAGAAAACUCUGUCUCCUUAUGACUCAACACGUAGAAAUACUUGGAUUUAAUCAACUCAGCUGGAGUUAAGGUGUUCUGUUGGAGGAUACUUGGCACAUUUAUGGCGAUUCUGAGCGUCAGGGCAGACUUCUGCCAGGCCCAGCACAGCACCCUGGCUGCCAAGUGAGCUCAGGGGGCUCCCCACGUGUGUGCGUGCCACAAUUCCCCUUUUUGGCCUUCAAGACUCCGGGAACGCGGCUCAAAUUUAUGGGAUAUCUCCUGCCCCCUUGGAAGCAGAUUCCUGUCACUGACUCUGGCAGAACUCAGCGCCAGGAAAACCAAGUGGAGACAAAGCCCUGCCCUUACUCCUCACCAGUGCCUCGAUGUAGAACAGGCUGCCUAGCCUCACGUGCAGUGGGAAUUUCGGGAGUCUGAAGGAUAACACCCCGCCAGCAAUUGAGGAUUCUGAAGCAAACCUGCUUUUUGGAGGAGCAAAACCCCUGAGGAACAAACCCAUCAAAGCAAGCUCUGAUCAAUCCCAGGCAUAUUAGUGGUCUUUUUGAUGUUUUCUGCUGUGAAGUGUUUCCAAGCCCCUGUGGAAAUUACUUAUGAGAAUCUACGUUUCCUGAUCACUCACAACCCAACCAAUGCAACCCUCAGCAAGUUCAUCGAGGAGCUGAAGAAGUACGGGGUGACAACCUUGGUGCGAGUUUGUGAUGCCACUUAUGAUCAAGCUCCAAUCGAGAAAGAGGGAAUCCAAGUUCUAGACUGGCCGUUUGAUGAUGGAGCACCACCCCCAAGUCAGAUCGUGGAGGACUGGCUGAACCUUUUGAAAACCAAAUUUCGGGAGGAGCCUGGAUGCUGCGUGGCUGUUCACUGUGUGGCAGGAUUGGGAAGGGCUCCCGUUCUGGUUGCACUCGCUCUCAUUGAAUGUGGAAUGAAGUAUGAGGAUGCAGUUCAGUUUAUAAGGCAGAAAAGGAGGGGAGCUUUCAAUUCCAAACAGCUGCUUUAUCUGGAGAAAUACCGGCCCAAGAUGCGAUUACGCUUCAAAGAUGCCAACGGUCACUGCUGUGUUCAAUAAAUAAACACACACAAAUCACAAAGUUAUCUCAAAAGGAAGGCAGAAGUGAGCAGGGGGCUCUUCUGUGGACUCUUGGCACCUGGAAAUGUGAAUCUGGAAUGGAAAAAAAAAAAAAGAAAAAAAAAAAGUCAUCAAAUUAGUGGUGGAGUCAGCGUUCCUCAACCUCUGUCCUUAAAAAAGCAAAAUUAAAUAAAAGGGUGAUGAUGAUUGAGAGAUAAAAAACCCAAAAUUAAAAAAUAUAUAAUAAUAAUAAUAAUAAAAAACCCAAUUAAGAGAAACAUUUCAGUGAAGGAUUGUUUUCUCCUUAAAGCUGCAAGGAGAAAAGCAGUUUCUGAAACCUUCUGUAUUUUUAACUUUUUAAGAAAAGAAAUAAAGUCAACUUUAUGUCUAAGGAAAAGCAGCAGAGCAUUGCCUUGUGCAGAAAGGAUUUUCUGGAGGUGAGGGAAGCACCCCCAGCCAGGGAUAUCAGUUCCUUUUUUAAAUCUUUAAAAAAAAAGGGAAUUUUUAACCUGGCAGGGACAGGAGGAGGAGCUGGCUGGGAACAGCCUGACAUCCCUAAACCCCUUUUUGGGCACAUCCCAGGGAUUGGGGGACGUUUUCCAUGGAAUUCUGACUCCUGGGGGGCUUGGACAGGAACCUCACUGCUGGAACCCUCUGGUGAAUCUGUUUUUGGGAGUGUGAGUGAUUCUCUGCGUGUGUCAGUCUGAUUUUUCCUAAAGAGUUUGGCUGAAAUGUUAAUUUUAGACAGAAAAUCCAUCCUGGCACACAAGACUGAUACUCCAAAGUGUCCUGAGUGAGCAAGGGGCGAUUCAGACAAGGAUUUAAAAUUAAUUUCUCUGUCACAAAGCUGGAAAAGGCUUUAUUUUUUUAUUUUUUUUAUUUUUUUUUCUCCUGUCCACAUUCCCUGCCUUGCUGAGCACAAGAAAUUGGGAUUUUGGGGGAGGGCCUCACUUGGUAUGAGAGGGACUUUUCUCUGCUAAACCUCUGAUUGCCUUCUUCUUUUUUAUUUGUUUUUUUGGGAUGGAGAAUCUUUAAUCCCACCCCAAAAUCCAGGCACCCUUCAUCAGCAAACCCAAAAAACUUGGAUUUUCUGGGGCUGCCAGUGAACAAAUCAAGAGAUUUUUAGGAGAAAUUUUGGCCAGGCUGCUUCUACCAAACACUUCUGCAGUGCCCUGCCAGAGGGGUGACGUUGUGCACCUUCUCCUGGAUAUUUUUCCAUGAUAUCCAUUAUUUUUUCCACGUUAUCCAGCCUUGGGAGGGUUUGGAACCCCUGCAGGAGCCUUUAGAGAACACAGGGAAGGAAUUUUAGGAAUCCCAAGCCUCGGGAGAGAUUUUAUAAUCUAAUUUAACUAGAAAACGUUGGUACUUGUCAAGCCCCUGGGGCGUGUCCCUGCCUCCAGCUGUGUGUGCUUGUGCUGAAUUCCCUCCUCCCUCUGGAAUAUUCCCGAGUUUUUCCAUGGAUCAAGGAGAGCUGGAAGUGUUUGUGGGGUGGAUGCUGCCCCACGGGAGGGGCUGGUGAUGCUCUGAGUGGUGCUGAAAUCCCCCCAAUUCACCUUUGCCUUCCCCUCCCACGCUCAGAGCCUGCUGAGCAAAUAAAAACAGAUCUUUCUGCAAAGAAAAACUGAUUUUUUUUUAGCCAAAGGUAUCAAAUUUUUAAACCAAUUGGACAAAUUCAGAUUGGAGGGGAAGGUGCUAAACUGGAUGAAAAACCCCAAUUCCUCCUUGAAGAACGAUAAACCAAAUUUUAAACGCUCCGUGUAUAACUUGGCAUUCUUCCCCCUGCUCCCCUAAAUCCCCCUCUUGAUUUAUAAUGUCCUAAUUAUCGUAUCCAGCCUUAAUAUGAGGGGGAAAACAGUGGAAAAAUGUGGAUUUUCACGGUGUCCCCAUCAGCUGGGGGGUGUCACUGUGCCCCCCGUGUCCCACAGGCACAACUCCUGUCUCAGCACUUGAAUGUGGUGCAAUAAAGUUCUUGCAGUAAAAAAAAAAUA